CUCGGUGCUAGGAGAAGCGAGACUCAGACGCCAGGCGGUCGCGCUCUCCCGCCACCAGGCUAUUGCUGGCAGUCCUGGCGCGAAUUCCAUGCAACGCUGGUUGGGAAAAACGCUGCGGCGGCAGCCGGUCUCCAACCGCUCGGGGCCCGCCGCUCGCCGGCAGCAGAGGUUCCGGCGGGGCCGCCGGCCCGGAGCGCCCGUGUCUGGGCGCGAGGACUCGGACGCCAGAAAGGGGAACGGAAAGAAUUGGCACAAUGCCCAACAGCAUAUGUUGUCCAAAACCGAGGGGGAGGAGGAGGAGGAGGAGGAGGAGGGGAUGAGGGAGGGAGGGGGGGAGGAGACGAGCGUGCCAGCUGACACGUGUCGACUCGAUAUCCCGCCUUAGGCGGAGAGUACAUGCGGACCGAACGCAACGCUGCCCGAACUGUCGAAGGGAUCCUCUCAGAGUACAGCUGGACAGGGAUCCUCCUUGCUCCUCGCGGCUCCCGAUGGCACCGCCCUGCGCAGCGCUAUGGUGCAGACGGAGCAGCGCGUGCGGCGUCCCAUGUCGCGCAGCGCGAAUGUGCCAACCACCUCCCGCCCGACCCAUGAGAAGGCAGGAGACCGGAGGAGGAGGAGGAGGAAGAGGAGGAGACGCGGAGGAAGGAGCGGAAGAAUC